UGAUGGGCCAUAAUAAUAUCGAUAGUCAGUGGUAAAUAUCGAUGUAACUCCACCUCUACGUAUGUAGAAUGUAGAAUUACUCGUGAUAUGUGAUAUAUUAUAUAUUAACUCGAUCCUACGCAUCUCGUAUCUCGCAUUGAAACUGGGCAGCAGCAGCAGCAGCAGCAGCGGAGCCUGGAGCCUGUGUGUGCAAGUGCAAUAUCCUUUGGCCAGCGGUGCGGAUGCGGAUGCGGGGACUGGCGCUGCCCAGUGAAGUUUUGUGUGUGCUUCUCGGUUUUCGCUCUCGGGCUUUCGUUUUUCUUCUCGGUUUCUCGUUUUCGGUUUUUUUCUUGUUGUUUUUUUUUUUUUUUGUGUAGUCCUUCGGCUCGGUAUUGAAUCGUUUUGUGGCAAAUAUGUGUGCUGCGUGCGGUGCUGCAACAGUUAAGAACGCUGACGCUGAUGCUGGCAACGCAGGAGCUGCUGCGCAACGGAAGCCACUGGUAGCCAUCGCCUGGUACUCAUCCUGGUUAAGCUCAUCUUGAGCUGGUGCACUAUCCUCCCCCCACCCCUCCAGCAUCAUCAUCGCGCCGCAUCAUAUCCAUCAGUAGCAACAGCAAACACAACAAUAACAAAGCAACAUUGCCCCAACCACCCAAAAAAAAAAAAAAAAAAAAAAGAGAGAGAAAAGAGGUAUCUGUAAGAGUCCGGGAAACGUAAAACGGGAAUUUGACGGGGAUUCCCCCACUGGAAAUGGGCACCAUCUCGUCGGUGCUGCAGUGGUCGUGCACCAAGUGCAACACCAUCAAUCCGACCGAGUCGCUCAGGUGCUUCAAUUGCGGCACAGUGCGAAAAGUCUUCCCCAAUCCCCACCAGCAGCAGCAGCAAGCUUAUCGCCGGAAUCCAGCCCCGCCGGCGGCCACUUCCUGGCCAGCUGAUGGAGCAGCCGCCGUCGAGCAGGACAAGGAGAAGGAAAAGGACAUCAGGGAGAAGGGCACCAGCAGCAGUAGCAAGGCGGUUGCCAGGAGCGAGUACAAGCAUGUGUACAAGUCCUUGCUGCGCGGAUGCCUGAAGAGGCCGCAACGAAACAGCCAGAACCUGACCUCCAAUUGUGUGGACUGCGAGGACACUCGAAAGUAUAUCAAGAACUCCAUCGAACUAUUUCGUCACUUCUCUAAUCCGGCAUUGAACCGGAGGUGGGUGUGCCAUGCCUGUGGCACCGAGAACAGCUCCGUAACCUGGCAUUGUCUCAUCUGCGAUACGGUUAGCUACUUGGCCCCCAUCUACAAGGAUCAGCGUGGCCAGGAUCUGGCCGGUAGUCUUGGCAAUUGCGGCGAACUACUGGCAUCCGAUCAUCAUCAUCAUCAUCAUCAUCACCAGCAUCAUCAUCACCAGCAUCAUCCGGAAGUGGAGGAGAAUCAUCAGCAACAUUCCCAUAAUAAGCGGAAUUUAAAGAGUGGAAUAACCAGGGCAGGAUCUGGAGCUGGCUCGGGACUGGGAUCAGUCGGCGGUGGAGCGGGAGGUGGUGGUCUGCGACGCACCCAAAGCCUAAGCACCGCCAUUGACAAGAGCAGCUCGGGACGAAGCUGUCACAUCUGCUAUGCCAACAACCAGAGCAAGGACAUCUUCAAUCUGCCGCAGGUCAAGCCCACGCCGCAGUUGACAGGGAUUUCCCCAACGCCUCCGGUGGCCGUUUGCAGCAAUUCCCGUUUCGCCAUCGCGAAUGAUACCUUCUGUCGGCGGAAACAGAACAACAAUAACAAGAACCAGAACCACAAGGUGGUCCGGGAGAGUGGCGCGAAGAAGAAGUACAACUUUACGAUCACAACCCUCUCAAGAUCGGCAGCCAAGGGGGGGAAUCCAAUAGGGAAUCCAAUAGCUAAUCUGAAUCCAAACCAAAAUCAGGCUAAGCCCCAACGACAGCCGCAAAAAGUAGUCAGUGGAGGAGGAGCAAGUGGAUCUGGUGGAUCUGGUGGAGGAGGAGUAGCAAAUCCUCCACAGAAUCUUCAAAAACGGAAACCAGCAGCUCCGCCAGCAGCAGCAGUAGCAUCAGCACCGAGUAUGAAUCCAACGCAGUUCACCAUUCCGCGGAACGGCGUCUUCAUAGCCGUGAACGAGUGGUCGGAGCCGAGCUCCUCCAGUACCAGCACCAGCACUAGCUCCAAUCAUCAUCAGCAACAGCAGCAGCAGCAGCAGCCGGAGCGUCUUCAUCAUCACCACCAUCAUCAUCAUCAUCAUCAUCAUAAUAGCAACAAUAUCAACAAUAAUAACAAUAACAAUAUCGGGAGUGGAAGUGGAAGCAACAAGUUGUAUGAAAAUGAAUGUGUGGCACUUGCCCAGCAACAGCUAAGAGCAGCUGCUGCCCAGGCGGCACAAGUGGCAGCCACAGCGGUGGCUAUAGCUAGUUCACCGGGAUCAGGAUCGAAUAAAACAGGUGGAGGAGCAGCAACCGGAGGAGGUGGAGCAGCAGCAACAAUAACAUCUGCUGGAGACACACCCACAAUGCCCAUAUACGCCCAGGUGAACAAGCAGCACAAACUAAAGAAGAAACCACCAACGGCAAGCAACAAUAAUGGAAGCAAUAGCAACAGCAGCACGGAUAUAGUGACGGAUCCGGAUAGCAGCAAUACCUUGGCCGGAUUAGGUAGUAGUGGCGAGGCGAGUGAAUCCGAAUCUCAGGCAUCACAGGUGGAGGAGCAUUCCAUUUAUGCCAAGGUCUGGAAGGGACCGCGCAAAGCCACCGAAUCAAAAAUAACGCAUGAUUCGGGUAGUGGCAGUCGAAACACUGGAGGAGCAUCCACUACACCCGGACAGCAGACGAGGAACAGCAACAGCAACAGCAAGUCCGGCCAGCAACCGGGUGGCAGCAACAGCAACAGCAACAGCAACGGUGGAAGUCGCAACAAGAUGUGGACAUGCAUCAAAUGUUCCUAUGCCUACAACAGGCUCUGGCUCCAAGCCUGUGAGAUGUGCGAGGCCAAGCCGGAGCAGCAGCAGCAGCAGCAGCAGCUACCAACAGGUGGAGAUUUGAUACCGUCGCGGGAGGAGCCGUGGACCUGCAAGAAGUGCACUCUCGUCAACUAUUCCACGGCGAUGGCGUGUGUGGUGUGCGGCGGUUCCAAGCUGAAGAGUAUCUCCUCCAUCGAGGACAUGACGCUGCGCAAGGGCGAGUUCUGGACAUGCAGCCACUGCACUUUGAAGAACUCGCUCCAUUCGCCGGUGUGCAGUGCCUGCAAGUCGCACCGACAGCCCCAGCUAUCGAUGGCAUUGGAAGCUGUAAGGGAACGGCCAGAUGGUCAGUCAUAUGAGGAGCAGGAUGCAGCAGCAGCAGCAGCAGCAGCAGCAGUUGCGGCAGCGGCAGUAGCUGGAGGAGGAGGAGGAGGAGGUGGUGUGGUCGGAGGAGGAGGAGGAGGCGGCCAUCAUGGAGCGGGGAGUGGAGAAAUCAAAACACCGACAUCUUUGAAUCUUCCAUUGACAUCUGUGGCGAUGCCCUUGCUGCAGUUACCAUCUUCCUCAGUUGUUGGGCAUCGUGGCUCGAGAAGUCCAUCCCCUAGGAUGCAUCAGCAGCUUCCACAACAACAACAACAACAACAACAGCAGCAGCAGCAACAACAACAACAACAUUCCCAGUUGCAACAACAAAGAAGCUCCUCGGGUGCCAUUCCAAAACGUCACAGCACUGGCGGUUCCAUCGUUCCCCGUAACAUCUCUAUUGCUGGCCUCGCCAGCUAUAACCUCCAGCAGGGUGGCGGCGGCGGCGGCGGAGGAGGAGGAGGAGGAGGAGGAGGAGGAGGCGGAGCCGUAGGCCCCAUAACUCCAUCAACAAAUAAUUCCAGCUCCAGCUCCAGCUCCAAGAAGUGGCAGUGCCCGGCCUGCACGUACGAGAACUGUGCCGCCUCCGUCGUCUGCGAUAUAUGCUCCAGUCCACGUGGCCUAGCCACCGCUGUGUUGGGCGAGGCAUUGGCCAGAAAAUCAAUACGGGUGGCCCUCACCCCGGCUGAUAUUCGGCAGGAGAGCAAGCUGAUGGAGAAUCUCAGGCAGCUGGAGGAGACCGAGGCGCUCAACAAGUGGCAGAACAUCAUCCAGUAUUGUCGCGACAACAAUGAGCUCUUUGUCGAUGAUUCCUUCCCGCCGGCACCAAAGAGUUUAUACUAUAAUCCGGCCAGUGGAGCGGCCGAGGGUAAUCCGGUGGUCCAGUGGCGUCGUCCCCACGAGAUCAAUUGCGAUGGCGGCGCCUAUCCACCAUGGGCGGUCUUCCGUACGCCGCUGCCCUCCGAUAUCUGUCAGGGUGUCCUGGGCAACUGUUGGCUGCUCAGCGCCCUGGCUGUGCUGGCGGAACGUGAAGAUCUGGUCAAGGAGGUGCUGGUCACCAAGGAGAUCUGCGGUCAGGGCGCUUACCAGGUGCGUCUCUGCAAGGAUGGGAAGUGGACGACCGUGUUGGUGGAUGAUCUGCUGCCAUGCGACAAGCGCGGACAUCUGGUCUACUCCCAGGCGAAGCGCAAACAGUUGUGGGUGCCGCUAAUCGAGAAGGCGGUGGCCAAGAUACAUGGCUGCUAUGAGGCACUGGUGUCGGGGCGGGCCAUCGAGGGUCUGGCCACGUUAACGGGCGCUCCCUGCGAGAGUAUACCGCUUCAGGCCAGCAGCCUGCCAAUGCCCAGCGAGGAUGAGCUGGACAAGGAUCUGAUUUGGGCCCAGUUGCUCAGUUCGCGGUGUGUUCGCUUCCUUAUGGGCGCCAGUUGUGGCGGCGGCAACAUGAAAGUGGACGAGGAGGAGUACCAGCUAAAGGGUCUGCGUCCGCGUCACGCCUACUCUGUGCUAGAUGUUAAGGAUAUUCAGGGCCAUCGGCUGCUCAAGUUACGUAAUCCCUGGGGUCAUUAUUCGUGGCGUGGCGACUGGUCGGAUGAUUCGUCCCUGUGGACGGACGAUCUGCGCGAUGCCCUCAUGCCGCACGGCGCCAGCGAAGGUGUAUUCUGGAUCUCGUUUGAGGAUGUGCUUAACUACUUCGAUUGCAUCGAUAUCUGCAAGGUGCGCUCCGGCUGGAAUGAGGUCCGACUCCAGGGCACCCUCCAGCCGCUCUGUUCCAUAUCCUGUGUACUGCUAACGGUGCUGGAGCCCACGGAGGCGGAGUUCACGUUGUUCCAGGAGGGGCAGCGCAACUCGGAGAAGUCACAGCGCUCCCAGCUGGAUCUGUGCGUUGUGAUAUUCCGUACGCGUUCGCCGGCAGCGCCGGAAAUAGGUCGGCUGGUCGAGCACAGCAAGCGUCAGGUGCGUGGCUUUGUGGGAUGCCACAAGAUGCUGGAACGGGAUAUCUACCUGCUGGUAUGUCUGGCAUUCAAUCACUGGCAUACGGGCAUCGAGGAUCCCCACCAGUAUCCCCAGUGCAUCCUGGCCAUUCACAGCUCGAAACGACUAUUGGUGGAGCAGAUCAGUCCGUCGCCGCAUCUCCUGGCCGAUGCCAUCAUCAGUCUGACCCUGACCAAAGGACAACGGCACGAAGGACGCGAGGGCAUGACUGCCUAUUAUCUGACCAAGGGCUGGGCGGGUCUGGUGGUGAUGGUGGAGAACCGGCAUGAGAACAAAUGGAUUCAUGUGAAGUGUGACUGCCAGGAGAGCUAUAAUGUGGUGUCCACCAGGGGCGAGCUCAAGACGGUCGAUUCAGUGCCGCCACUGCAGAGACAAGUGAUCAUAGUGCUGACCCAAUUGGAGGGCAGCGGCGGCUUCAGCAUCGCCCACCGUCUGACCCAUCGGCUGGCCAACUCCCGUGGCCUCCACGACUGGGGUCCGCCGGGCGCUACCCACUGCCCGCCCAUCGAGAAUGUGCACGGACUGCACGCCCCGCGUCUGAUCACCUAAAUCCCAUAAGGAUCACGAUUCUAGCUAUCUAAAUGUAUCCUUGUACAACGUAUCCUGGUCGAAGGCUCAUUUCUAAACCGUACUCUCUCUAGUCGAUGUAUUGUAAACGUAUCACACAUUCAUACCCCAUCGGAAAUCAGUAUCGGAAUCUGAACCCGAAACGGGCACAACCAUAUAUAUAAUUGUGUGUAUAGAUCCGUGCAGAUAUAUAUAUAUAUAUAUAUAUAUAUAUAUAUGUGGUGUGUGUGUUUAUUAUAUAUGUACAACAAGGCAUACUGUAUACUAUAAGGCACAAUUACCCGGGCCAAGGUGGACAACGGAAUGGAAGGGGAAGGAUCGGAUCCGCUCGUGAUCCAAAAAAUAAACAAAAAACGAUUAUUUAAUUUGAGCAAGAUUAUAUAGAUAUGUAUUGUGAAUUUAAGUACAUCCAAUAUGAAUAUGUGUAUUGUUUUAAAAAUAAAUACUACAAGUUAUAAAAGUCAA